AUGGCGGCUCCGGCUUCAGCGUCUGCCACCCAGUCGCCCGCGGGGCCUGGUGUGGCGGACCUCGAGGACAGCAACGUUUCCAGCCCUCUGAGCGAGGUGGACGACGGGGAUACCAACGACGACGACAUUGAGCGUAUGCAGCUCGACCCUCGCGGCGACGACGGCGACAAUUUCAGCGCCAGCGGCGACGAGCGCCAGGACGCACGCCACGACGGCUCCGACUCUGACAGCGCCCUGUCCGAUGCCGCGUCGGACGUCCACUCCGAUGCCAACGACACCGAGGCGGAGACAGAAAGACUAUAUGACACACCCAAAAACCAGAGACAGAGAGACGUCCUCGUGGAUCAAUUCAACAACGGCCAGGUGUUCGAGCACACGCCUAGCAAGCUCCGCCGGACCACCCGUGCCGCCGGCGACCACGCAGACGACGAGUCUGUUUCGGGCGACGACGCUUCGGUCGUCUCUAGCCACGCGGCAGGUGACGAGUCGCCUGCGAAACCAGCUACGACAAAUGACACGAGCGUCGACGAGGACCUCAAGCACGACUCCCAGGAGCGCAAACGCAAGCGCUCCCCUCUCGCCGAUCAAUCCGAGUCGGACCAGCCGCUUAGGAAGCGCACUGGCUCCGUCGCAGCGGCCGAUGCAGAUGCCGACGAGGAUUUGCCCAUGAACGAAGAUGAUACCCCUUCGGCGAUCCCGAUGAGCCGACAGCAGUCUGGGGGCGAGGACGACGAAAGCGGCCCGCCGUCUCGCAGAGACACCCCGGCCGAAGCUGAAGCGCGGCCGGCCAAGAAAUCCACACGUAGCUCUCUAAAACGAAAAGGCCUGGCCGUGGACGACGUGACCGCGGAUGUGGACAGCGAUGCUCGCGACGAUCAAGCUGAGGCCACGGCUGGGGACGAGACCGAACAGCCCGAAGACGAACCGGACGUGGACGAGGAAGCCGACGCCGCAGCCAAAAACAUUGAAGAAAUGGAGCGAAAGAAUGCCGCCUUCAAGGACUGGACGCAUAUCGAGGAAAUGUUCAGCAUCUUCAGAGACAGGCUCUACAAGGACCGUCUUCGCCGGCUCGAGGAGGAGGAGCUGUCCCUUCUGGCUGACGAACCCACCCAUCCGGAGUAUCUCAACAUGAAGAAGUGCAUCGACGAUCGGCUCAAUAAACGGAUCCAAGAGAUCAACACCGAAUACGAGUACCGCAUGAAAGCGCAUGCGCGACGCGCGGUCGCUCAGCGAGCGCAGAUCUGGAGCCAGUUCUACCAGGCUAUCCGCGAAAAGCGGGAGCUAGCACUCGAGAAGCUGAAUCAACAGUGGUACGAAGUGCAGAGCGCCAGGCGCAAGGCGCACAGCUUGCCCGAUUACGGCUUGUUGUUCCCCAAGGACCCGGCGCAGCGAGUACGAAACGCCAUUGCGUAUAACACUGAGGUGUCCACGCUUGCCGGGCUCGCCAAGUACGAAGGCUUCCCAAGUGGCCCUGAGCUCAGAGGCGCAUCGACAUCAGAGGUGGAUGCGGAUUUCAGUGCCAUUGAGCAAGUACGACGCACUCGGCACAGGCCGCCGCCGCCACCGCCGCCACCGCCUGUCCAGGCCCGCGAGGAAUACCACCACGGACCCCCAACAUUUAGCCGACUAGGACCCGCGGGCGAGCAGUUCAUCAAGGACACGCCGUGGGCGAACCCAAACCACUCAGCACAUAAGCAGUACCAGCAAAACCACGCACAACCCGGGGCUCGGCCCGAGUCCUCGACUGCCGCCGGGCCGACGGCUCAGCCAGCCAACGGACCGCCACCUGCCGACGUCAAGGCUGCGUUUGACGGGCAGCCUGCGGCUCGCCGGUCGCCUGCUAUGUCAAGUCGAAAAUCCGAGUCGCCGGAGAUGACGCGAAGCAAACUGAACUCGGCCACUCACCCAAUGAAGCGGGUGGGAAGCAUACCGAACCUGGGCCGGGGCCCGAAAACUGCGGCAGCUUGA